AUGGGCAUGGUCUUGCUCCUCGACGUUGGGGUCGAUGUUGGGGUCCACGGGUGGGUUUGCCUGAUGAUGCAUGGACACAUCAGGUGUGGCCGCCAUAGCUGCGAUGACGGCAGCGUCAUUUACCGAUGGGGUAUGGCCAUCGUGAAGCUGGGGGUGCUGCAGAAGGUGCGAGUGCACUGGGAGCAGCACCAUAUCGUGGCCGUAGGCCGAAGGGUCGCGGUGCAAUGGUUUUUGGACCAAAGUACGAGUGAAUUUCAGGCGCUUCUUCUUGGACGACGAAGGUUCCGGAGGAUGGUUGUGGGUAGGAUUGAUCAUCCGCAACACCCACAUCUCGCCGGUAUCGGCACUGGUAAUGCCAGAAUAGUCGUUGAGCUUAUCGUCAAUCGAGCCAUCUUCGCCCUUUUUGAUGCGCUUCUUGUCCUUUUCUUGCGGAUACAAGUUGGCGACCAAUCUGUACGCACACUUGUUCCGCUUGGUAUAUGCCACUCUCUGUCUCUUGCUAGCAUCCUUGACGGUGGUCCGGAAUGA